ACAUAACUUUACGAGAUGACCCUGAACGCAACGUUAUGCAAACAUUUAAUUGGGAAGCCAAGCUGUGGAGUGCAGCCGGGAGGACAGAAGCUGCACACAGCCGAGGCUGAGGGAAGGACUCGUCCGCACGCCGCUGAACCAGACGCAGACAACAUCCACGCAAAAGGAUCCCUGGACAUCAUGGAGCAGAAACAAACCAUCAACUUUGGAGCCGGACCUGCAAAACUCCCCCAGACCGUGCUGAUUCAAGCACAGAAGGAGCUCCUCAACUACAGCAGCACUGGCAUCAGUGUCCUCGAGAUGAGCCACCGAUCGUCAGACUUUGGCAAAAUCCUCAACAAAACGGAGAGCCUCCUGCGCGAGUUGUUAAAUGUCCCAGACAACUACAAGGUGAUGUUCCUGCAGGGCGGCGGGUCCGGGCAGUUCAGCGCCGUCCCUCUCAACCUGAUCGGGCUCAAAGAGGACCGGUGCGCCGACUACCUGGUGACCGGCACGUGGUCGGCGAAGGCGGCGAAAGAAGCGGAGAAAUACGGCAAAGUCAACAUCGUCCACCCGAAGCUGGAUAGUUACACGAAAAUCCCUGACCCCAGCAGCUGGACCUUGAACCCCUCAGCCUCGUAUGUGUACUACUGCUGCAACGAGACGGUCCACGGCGUGGAGUACAACUUCACGCCUGAAACCAAUGGGGUGAUCCUCGUCAGCGACAUGUCCUCCAACUUCCUGUCCCGACCUGUAGACGUCUCAAAGUUUGGGCUGAUUUUCGCUGGCGCUCAGAAGAACGUGGGCUGUGCCGGGGUAACCGUGGUCAUCGUGCGAGAGGACCUGUUGGGCCACGCUCUGAAGGAGUGUCCCAUCGUCCUGGAUUACAAGGUGCAGGCGGAAAUGAACUCCCUCUACAACACGCCGCCAUCUUUCAGCAUCUACAUCAUGGGUCUGGUCCUGGAGUGGAUCAAGAACAACGGUGGCAGCGCUGCCAUGGAGACGCUCAACAAGCAGAAGGCCUCCAUGAUUUAUGACAUCAUCAACGCUUCGAAUGGUUUCUAUGUAUGCCCCGUGGACGCUGCUUGUCGAAGCCGCAUGAACGUGACAUUCCGCGUGGGGAAGAAAGAGGGCGAUGACGCCCUGGAGAAGGAGUUUCUGGACGGCGCAGCCAAACGCGGGAUGAUAUCGCUGAAAGGACACAGGUCAGUUGGAGGAAUGCGUGCGUCUCUGUACAACGCCGUAACGCUGGAGGACACGGAAGCCCUCGCCAACUACAUGAAAGAAUUCCUCAAACAGCACCAGUAAAGCUAGGAUGUGAUGGAGCACGGCGGCGUUUCAUAACUUUAGUACAGUUUUGAGGAGUUAUCUUCAAAGUGCGCGUUUAAGCACAAUUUUUGUAACACCUCUGUUCCUAAUAACCACUAAUGUUGUUAUGCCUUAAUUACGUACGUAUUGCAUAGAAUAACCCUUUAAAUUAAUCUGUUCACUAACAGUGCUUUGAUGUACAUACUUUAGGUAAUUCUUGUUACUUGUUUACAACGUGUUUACAUUCCAGUAAAUCUAACUUGGCAAUACCUAA